AUGCCUGAAAACAGUGAGAACAAGAAACAGAACCAAAAGCAGAAUAGGAGAAGAAACCAAAACAAUGAUAGGCCAAGAACCGAAGGACCAAAAAGGGAGGCUAUACUAGAUUUAAACAAGUACAAAAACGAAGAGAUUAGAGUGAGAUUUGUUGGUGGACGACAAGUAACAGGUGUUCUUAAAGGGUAUGAUCAAUUGAUGAAUUUGGUUUUGGAAGAUGUGAAAGAACAAUUUAGAGACCCAGAGAAUGAAGGUAAAUACCUUGAUAAAACCAGAGAUCUUGGAUUGGUUGUGGUCAGAUGCACAAGUCUUUUAACGAUUUCGCCAGUGAAAGGUAGUGAGAUAAUCGAUAACCCGUUUGUAUCAGAACAAUAA